ACGUCUUCUUCUCGGCGGUUCUGCGGUUAUGGGCAAUAAUGCAACUCUUUACUCCCAUUGAAGGAAGAGUAGUUUGUUCCUGGGGCUUCAUCAUUUCUUCCCCAUAUCCCGCUGCUUUUCUCACUUCCUCUCCGACAAGGCCAGAGGCUAAAAAACUCAAAACCUCAUUCUUGAGGCUUUUGCUGAUCCUUUGGAACCUAACCAAUCCCUAGUUACAAGCCUCACUCUCUGCGGAUAGGCGGUUGGAAUAACGGCCGCAGUCUCGGUUUUGAAAACGCAUGCCCAAUGCCAUCACUGGCCUCAUCUGCCGAAGGCUGAAACGAACAUGGAUCGAGUCUUUAACGGAUAGAAAACAAUGGAAUUGCUAUUUCAACCCUUUGAUAUUUAUCCUGGCCCUUGCCUGAAAAUUAGCUCCUUCAUCCAAGCUUUCGCUAGUUAGUUAUGUUGCUCCUCGCAAAUUUCUCAGCUGAUCCCUUAGCCUAACAAGAUGCCUGCCCAGGCAUCAUAUAUAGAGACAGUCAUGCCCGCUUGAUAUCGCCGCUAGAUUUCAUUUAUGCCUCUGUUUCUUGUCCUUGGGCAUCUUACCUUUCCUUCUUCUACUUCUUCCUUAAAACUUUCGCUCAUGCAGUUCCUUUCCCUCGCGCUUGUGCCUAUGCUUCUGGCCGUAGCCAGCUUUGCGCAUCCUGGCCAUUCCAUCGAGGGAGAUGUUCACCGGCGUAAGUAUCAUCUUCAACAUUCUGCAAGACGCGGAGUCUACGAAUGUACGAGCGAUCUCCAGAAGCGUGGUUGGAUAUCCUACCAGGCUGAUCGGAGGCAUGCCCGCCUGAAUGAACUUCGGGAGCGUGCUGGAUAUAAGUCUCUGGCUCGCCGUGACUCUGGCCUUGAUGUAGAGCUUUUUGGCCGCCAAGCUAGCUGCGUGCUGGAUCCUGAAGUCAUGGAGGGCCCCUACUGGGUUGCGGGAGAACUUAUCCGCGAGGAUGUCCGUUCGGGAGUGGGCGGGAAGGUGGAACCUAGCGUAGCCCUUCACCUUGAUAUCAACGUUAUCGAUGUGUCGAACUGUCAGCCCAUCCCAGAUGCAUAUGUUGAGUUAUGGGGCUGCAACUCGACUGGCGUCUACACUGGUGUCGUGGCUCCUGGAAAUGGCGACGGCAACCCCGCCGAGAUUGAUAACAACGCCCUGCGAGGGAUCCAACCGACAGCUCAGAACGGCACGGCCUCGUUUACCACCGUUUUCCCGGGCCACUACACUGGGCGUGCUAAUCACUUACACAUAAUUAUCCACCAUGGAGCUACGAGGCUCCAAAAUGAUACCAUCAGAGGUGGCACCAUUUCCCAUGUUGGCCAGAUCUACUUUAAUGAACCCCUGAUCAAAAGUGUCGAAGCCACUUCGCCGUAUACGACGAACAAACAACGAUGGACACCCAAUGAUAGAGACGUGCUUUUCCGGAUAGGAUUUCAGGGAGGCGAUAACCCGAUAGUGCAGACCCAGACGAUAGGCGGCUCCAUCAAAGACGGAAUCUGGGGGACCAUCGACGUGGGAGUCAACCCCCAAGCCGUGCGGAACCCCAAAAACGUGAACUGGUGGACCGAGGACGGUGGGAUGCCGAACGACGGCUCUCCGUGGGAUGAGUUCCCCGGGUCUGGCGGGGCUAACCCACCUAAAGAAACUAACCCACCUAACCCACCUAACCCACCUAAGCCUUCCGAAACUGGAAAUGGUGCGGCCAGAGCUCUCAGAAGGGGAGGGGCAAUUGGUGGUGCGAUGCGAAGUGUUAGAUCGUUUCUCGAGAGUGCAUGAAAUUGAGACGGACAGCUAGAGCGGCAGGGAAAAGCUUUCGAGGUGGGAUAUCCAGGUUCUCAAUAUUAUGUAUAGGUCCAGUUUGCGAUAUCCUUUUCUUCCUUGGUUCUAUCCUUAUUUUGCACGCUGGUGUGCUUUCUACUAACUUACACCCGCAUGUCAUAUAGCCCAUUCGUUACAUGAACAUACAUUACUAUUCAUUCUUUCCAAGUUUAUAAUACCCAUUUCAUAGUUCAUGGUACAUGGUACACCUGUAACGCAGUUCUCAGUUUCUCUCCUUAAAAUCUCAUCCCUGUCUCCUCUGCAUCCUGAUUUACAUUGUUUUGCCGUUUCUAUUUUUUCUUUGUUGCAUAAUUAAUUCCAGUCCAAUCAGAUAUACCCCACCAUAAAAUGUCUGGUUCU